GAUACGAUCUGCGGGCGUAAAACGCGCCGUGAAAUUUGUGUAUUAUCGACAAUUUCACAUUCCACGCGAGUUGCAGUUCUGCAACCGCGGCGGGCAUGUGAGAAAAUCGCGUCGUCAGUUCUUAGCCUUAAGAUCACAUAACAUGACCAAUAUAUCAAUCUUUGUACUUCGCCUUUGUAGGUAAAUAGGUCAAGGUUAAGUUCGUCCCACGAAAUUCGUUGUUGUUGACACUUAAGUGGGAGAGUGCUGAAUACUGGCUACUUUUCGCAGCAAUACUUGUUUUUUUUUUAUUUGACUCCGGAAAAGAUUUGGAAGUAAUUAUUAUCAUAAAAGCUUUUUUUAUCUUUAUUUUUCUGCAUCAUGACUCUCUGAAGAAUGGUUAAAAUUUUGAAAUGAUUUUUCUACUUCUAUUUAUUAUAACGUGCAAUAAUAUUGUUAAGGCAGAAGAUGAUGAUCAAAAAUAUAUAGAUUUAUUGCCGGAAUCGGAGAAACAAGCUUUCUUGGAUAUAAUUGCGCGGCGUUUAAUUAAAGACGUUAAGUACAAAAAUGUAGACUCUGCACAAAGUGGGGAGGUUCCUGACGAUGAAUUAGAUAAACAUGAUGAAUACGUGAAAGACAUACUCCGGGAAGAAACAGACAAUAUGCGACGUGAGGAAAAUAGAAAUAAAGAAAAAGGGGAGGAAUCUUUAAAGGUCAAAGGCUUUGAUGAAAACAAAUCUGUAGAGAGUUUAAGAAAUAUUGCUCACAUCGAUUUGACUUUGAGAAAUGGCGAAAGAAUAAGAAGGAACAGCGCUAUAGAAACGAAAGUUGCUAAUACUGAUAAGGUACCGGUACAAAUUGUUUACGAUAGUAAUGUGAAAAAAUCAGCUAAAGGUAGUAACUUUACAUCAAAUGAGAAAAACGAAGAAUCUGACAAUGAAGAUAUUCAAGCUAGAGGGUCAAGACGACAAAUAAGAACGCACACAGUUAUCAAUGAUUAUGAACCAGACGAUGAAACCACAGAGAAACAUAUUAAUGAAGAUAGUGGUAAGCAAGUAGAUAAUAUGGAAAAAUCAGAUAUUUCUCAUAGUGAAGAACUUAAUAAGCAUUAUACUGCAUCUAUAUAUGAACCACAAGGUGAGGUUAAUGACGCUGUAAUUAGUGAUGUUGACGAAAAUGAAGAAACAUCCACAUAUUUAUCAACUUUUACCGAUAAAUUAUCUACAACUGAAAAUUUUAAAAUUUUAGAAACAACGCAAAAUGCCACUAAACUAUCAACGCUACCUACUAUCAAAGAAAGCACUACGCUUACAACAACGCUAAUGAAAAACCAUACACAAAAUGACACUGAGGCAAAACGAAACAGAUAUUUAAGGUCUUCAGGGAAUGAGUCUGAAAAAACUGAGAUUAUCAAAUCUCCGCCAAACAAUACAUUAGAAAAGAACACGACUUUUGUUGAAAAUAAAGAUUUUUAUAACAAUGCUGUUGACCCAACUAAAUCAAAUACUAGUAGAAUUCCAAAAGUAGUAAUUACUACAGAUUCUUUAUUGAAUAAAGAUAAACCUGUAGAACGACGUGGUGCAGAAAGUGCAACAGCUAUCAGUAAUUUUAAUACGAAAAUAAAAAACGACUCCUAUAAAAACGAAAAUGAAACUCCUAAUCCACUCAUAGUUAUUGAGAGUGCAGCCACCACAGAGCUACCAAUUAUUACUAUUCUCCCUGGUUUGGCUAGAGUUUCAACUAUAGUGCACAAAGCUGUAAGCGAUUUGAAAACCUAUAAAGUUCCCAAAGAAAAAAAAUAUGCAACAACAGAAGUGAAUGCUUUAAAAAGUUUUGCAAAGGCUCUUAGAAGUGGCGACCGCAUUGAAUUUGAAGACGAAGAUGGUGAAGGUCACAACAAAAGCAAAGAAAAAGUUGAGGAAUUAUUACAUCUACCAAAGCUACCUAAAAUAUCUAAACCUUAUGAAGUAUAUGAAAUACACCAACCACCUUUUAUAGAAAAAACAGAACGGAAAAAAGUUAAAAUACAACGGUAUUCAGUAAACAAGGAACAACCUCACUACUUCCCUAUUUAUAAUUAUUCACCUGAUCAAGCUUAUUUUAAUUCGUAUAAUAGACUUGGUCCUAACCAUGAUGAUAUUAACGAAGAUAUGCAUUUAAAAGGUAAUUUUGAAAUUGAAACUUUACAUAAAAAUAUAAAAUUAAAAGAAAAAAACAAAUUAAUCAAAAGCAUUUUAAGAAAAUUCAAGUUCACUCAAAAAAGAUCCGAAAAAGGGAACAAGUAUAUAGUCAGGAAUUCAAAACCAAAUAAGUUAAAAAUGCCCGUCGUCGCUAAAACUCCAAGAUUUUCCGAAAUAUAUUUCAAUCCCAAUGAUUAUUUAGAUAUGGAUUAUUAUUUUGGACGAUCAAUGCGUCCCUUAGAUGGAAAAUCACAACAGAAAGUGAAAUUUUUUCCUGAUUCAGAUGAUGAUGAUCAUGUCUUUAAUACUAUAAAAACUGGACAAGCAAAAGACCUCACACGUGGAACCAGGCAAGUAUUGUAUGGGCGUCAUAUGUUUGGUCACAAUAUGUUGAGUACUACUGCAGCGCCUCUAAUUGAAAGUGAAGAAGAGUUGACGUUCAAGCUAUUGAGGUCGAGUAAUCCAGGAAAUUAUGACAUGUAUAUGACGGAUAAUAAAAAAUAUUCCAUUCCCGAUGAUGACGACAUAGCUCUUGACUAUUAUUUCGGGGAUCAAGAUGAAAACAGACUAUUAAAAACAGAGAACGUACUGAGGCAUAAUUCAUGUUCUUUAAGAAAAGGUAGUAAAUGCGAUAAUAGUUACGAAUCUAGAAUUGCUAAAGUAGAAGAAAUAAAUAAAUCAGGAAAUGAUAGUGAUAAAAAAAGAGGGACGAUUAAAGAAAUAUUAGCGAUCGAUCCGACAGAUGCCUUUUUACACUUGGAUGAGUUAUUCAAAUAUAAUAUACCAUUAGCAAGAACUAGAGAGGAUUCUGUGACAAAGGAGAUAAGUAAAGUAGAUAAUCAUGAAAUAAAUCCUUUUUUAAAUGUCUUGAGAGAUAUGAUAGACACAGAAAAUGAGUCUUUGGCUCAGUAUGAUUGGUUGGGUAGUACUGUGGACAUACAGUCUGCCUUGGAGAAGCUAUUAAUAUCUAUCAAAAACUUACAAAAAGGUCAACAAUUACAUCCAGCUGACGUCCAACUGUUGAAAUACAUUGAAUAUUUGUUUAUCACCUCGAAAUCCUCUUUCGAUCAAACCCACAAUUUACGUGUACCAAAAAAGGGUAAUCACACAAAAAGGAAGUUUUCAUUAUUGCCAAGAAGCAAACGUAGAAAGAGGGAGUAUUUAAAAGCUAAAGGGCUGUUAGACAGAACAUGGUUGUACAUCAGAGGGAGGCGUCCAGAUAAACAGAGACAUAAACGGAAAAGAUUGCAGGAGCUGAAACAAUUUCUGGCAGACAUUCGAUCUGGUUUGUAUGACCUACAUGACGCGAUCAGAAGCGUAGCCACGGUUACAAAUUACAAAAAUCAGAGAUGGUUCCAGAACUUAAAACAGUUGUAUCUCAAGGAUUCGGGGAAAAAGCAAUGCUUGGAAGUGUUGCUUCAUUUGACAGUUGCCAGAAUGCUUGAUUUAGUGGAAACUGCUGCUAAGAGUGGCAUAGAGGACAACUAUGAGCUAUACAUAGAACAGCAUGAAGAAGAAGUCAUGAAAACUAAAGAAGAGUUUCGGUUACUUUUGAAAGUUUUGUAUGAAUUAAAUCAUGCUAAUUAA